AUGUCACGUUCCUACGACAGAGCACUUACGGUAUUCUCCCCUGAUGGUCAUUUGUUCCAAGUCGAUUACGCGCUUGAGGCAGUAAGGAAAGGUACUUGCGCCGUCGGUAUUCGUGGGAAAAAUGUUGCUGUUCUUGGUGUUGAGAAAAAGAGUUUGCAGCAAUUACAAGACCCUCGCACUGUGCGCAAGACUGUCAUGUUGGACGAACACAUUUGUCUUACCUUUGCAGGUUUGAACGCGGAUGCUCGUAUCCUUGUCGACAAAGCACGAAUUGAAUGCCAAUCACACAGGCUUACUGUGGAAGACCCAGUAACGGUUGACUAUAUCACUCGGCACAUCGCCGGUAUUCAGCAGAAAUACACACAAUCUGGAGGUAUGCGUCCUUUUGGUAUCUCGACGCUUCUUAUCGGCUUCAAUCAAAAUGAAACCGAGCCUCGUCUGUUUCAAACAGAACCAUCGGGCAUGUUCACGGCCUGGAAGGCCACUGCCAUCGGUCGCUCUUCUAAGACUGUACGCGAGUUUCUGGAAAAGAACUACAAAGAUGACAUGUCGGAGGAAGAAACUACUAAGCUUGCCAUUAAAAGCUUACUAGAAGUUGUACAGGCAGGUGCUAAAAACAUCGAGAUUGUCGUGAUGACCGGGCAUGGUCAUUUGAAGGCUCUCGAACUCCCGCAGAUUGAGGAGAUCGUGAAGCAGAUCGAAAUCGAGCAAGAGGCUGAGGCUGAACGACGUCGCACGCGCCUUGCUGCAACAGCAAGCGCCGAAGCUUCUAUGACAGGCAGCUCGAACUGA